CCCGCGGAGCCCGCCGCGCCUCGGCCUGGCGGGGGGGCGCCUCGGCGCCGGCCGCCUUCCCGCCCGCUCUGGCCUGGGUUGCUCGGUCGGGGACAACUUUAUCCCGGGGCGGCCGAGGGAGCGCGGAGCAGCAGCAGCAGGAGAAGGAGGAGGAUGCCGCCGCAGCGAUGCGCCUUGCUUGGGCGGCUCUGGUGAGACUCGCGCUUCCCCGACGUGCGCCCGGCCGGAGCAGGCUGCAGCAGCGCUGGUGCACGGAGGAGCUUCCCGGCUGAGUUAGCGCCGAAACGGACGCUUUUAUCUUUUUUUUUUUUUUUUUUUUUUUUUUUUUUUUUUUUUUUUUUCCUGACCGGGCGGUUCGGCUUGGCCGAUCGGGCCCGUGGGCGUUUUGAGCGGUUUUGUUUCCCUUUUGUCCCAGGGAUCUUCGCAACUCUUGGAGGAGCGCGCUGCGUGCGUGGGUGCCUCCUCUCCGCUCUUGCGUUUCGUGCAUGUGCUACUGGAGCCGCUCGGGCCCGGGCUGGCUGGGCAGAGCCCCCCCUGCCCCCUUCCGUCGCCUCCCUGCCUCCUCCCUCGUUCACCGCUCGGUGUCUUGCCGAUGACCCGGCACCCGGGAGCAGCGCGGCCCCCGCUGGAGACUUUCCCCCGCCGCGGUGGCGUGGCGCGGUCCCACCGCUGACACCGCGUCCCGCUUCCUGCGCCUGGAUUUUCCCCUCUUGGCACGAGGAGAAGUGUGGAGAGGACUCGCCUUCGCCCGGGCUUUGCGCUGUUACAAGAGCGCCGGCAAGUUGCGAGCUUCCGACGGAAUUACUGACUCCGGCGGCGGAGGAGCGGCGGCGCCCGCCCGACCCCGGCGCUGGAGCGGCGCGGAAGGAGCGCGGAGCUGCCCGUGACCGUCCCGAGCGGGGCUCUGCUCCCGGCUCCCGGCCGCCCCCGAGGCACCAGCAGCAAAGCAAGCCGCGGCCGGAGGAUGUCCCCGCGGCGGGGGCUCUGAGCAGCGCUGCUCCCGCCUCCUGUCCUCCGCGGGGGGCGGCCGGCGCUGGUCCUUCCUUCCCCCGCCGCCGCUUCCCGGGACCUGAAGUUGGGGCGGGGGGGGGGGCCGCCGCCGCCGCCAGGAUCGAGCUGCGGAGGAGCCCGGCGGCGGCCAGAGCCAUGUUCCCGCAGAGCCGGCAUCCCACGCCGCACCAGGCUGCGGGGCAGCCCUUCAAAUUCACCAUCCCCGAGUCGCUGGACCGCAUCAAGGAGGAGUUCCAGUUCCUCCAGGCGCAGUACCACAGCCUUAAAUUGGAAUGUGAGAAACUGGCAAGUGAAAAGACAGAAAUGCAGAGGCACUAUGUGAUGUAUUAUGAAAUGUCAUAUGGACUAAACAUUGAAAUGCACAAGCAGACAGAAAUCGCCAAGAGAUUGAAUACGAUUUGUGCACAAGUCAUCCCAUUUUUGUCUCAGGAACAUCAGCAGCAAGUUGCCCAAGCUGUAGAACGUGCCAAACAAGUGACCAUGGCUGAACUGAAUGCUAUCAUCGGGGUACGUGGCCUUCCAGGUCUACCUCCUACACAGCAGCAGUUGCAGGCUCAACAUCUCUCCCACGGCCAUGGACCUCCAGUGCCUCUAACACCACAUCCAUCAGGACUUCAGCCUCCUGGAAUCCCUCCACUCGGAAGCAGUGCUGGCCUUCUUGCCCUUUCUAGUGCUUUGGGUGGGCAGUCUCACUUGGCAAUAAAAGAUGACAAGAAGCAUCACGAUGCAGAACACCACAGAGACAGAGAGCCAGGCACAAGUAAUUCUCUGUUGGUCGCGGACAGCCUGCGAAGCACAGAUAAACGCAGGAAUGGGCCUGAAUAUACCAAUGACAUCAAAAAGAGAAAGGUGGAUGAUAAGGAUUCCAGCCACUAUGACAGUGAUGGGGACAAGAGUGAUGAUAACUUGGUUGUAGAUGUAUCCAAUGAGGAUCCAUCGUCCCCACGAGCAAGUCCUGCUCAUUCACCACGCGAAAAUGGUAUAGAUAAAAACCGCUUCCUGAAGAAGGAUGCCUCUAGCAGUCCAGCAUCUACAGCCUCUUCAGGAAGUUCCACUUCCCUGAAAUCCAAAGAAAUGAGUUUGCAUGAAAAAGCCAGCACGCCUGUUUUGAAAUCCAGCACACCAACUCCUCGAAGUGAUGUGCCAACCCCAGGCACUAGUGCAGCUCCAGCACUUCGUCAGGGGCUUGGCAAGCCUCCAACGAUGGACCCUCUGGUUAACCAAGCUGCCGCAGGUUUGCGGACACCAUUGGCAGUACCCGGACCCUACCCUGCUCCAUUUGGAAUGGUACCUCAUGCUGGCAUGAACGGAGAGCUAACAAGUCCAGGGGCAGCCUAUGCCAGUUUGCACAAUAUGUCCCCCCAGAUGAGUGCUGCUGCAGCUGCAGCUGCUGUGGUUGCUUAUGGAAGAUCUCCUAUGGUUGGGUUUGAUCCUCCUCCUCACAUGAGAGUACCUGGAAUCCCUCCAAAUCUAGCAGGAAUUCCUGGGGGAAAACCAGCAUACUCAUUUCACGUUACUGCAGAUGGUCAGAUGCAGCCUGUACCUUUCCCUCCUGAUGCCCUCAUCGGUCCAGGAAUCCCUCGCCACGCUCGUCAGAUCAACACUCUGAACCAUGGGGAAGUCGUGUGUGCAGUUACUAUCAGCAACCCCACGAGACACGUGUACACGGGUGGGAAGGGGUGCGUCAAAGUCUGGGAUAUCAGCCAGCCUGGCAACAAGAGCCCUGUCUCACAGCUGGACUGCCUGAACAGAGAUAACUACAUCCGCUCUUGUAAAUUGCUGCCUGAUGGAUGCACCCUCAUAGUUGGUGGAGAAGCCAGCACCUUAUCCAUAUGGGACCUGGCAGCACCAACUCCUCGUAUAAAAGCGGAACUGACAUCUUCAGCCCCUGCCUGCUAUGCUCUGGCUAUCAGCCCUGACUCCAAGGUGUGCUUUUCCUGCUGUAGUGAUGGGAACAUUGCUGUGUGGGAUCUGCACAAUCAGACAUUGGUCAGGCAAUUCCAGGGCCACACAGAUGGAGCCAGCUGUAUUGACAUUUCUAAUGACGGUACCAAGCUCUGGACAGGAGGUUUGGACAACACUGUCAGAUCUUGGGACUUGAGAGAGGGGAGACAGUUACAACAGCAUGACUUCACAUCACAGAUAUUUUCCCUUGGUUAUUGUCCUACUGGUGAAUGGCUAGCUGUGGGAAUGGAGAGCAGCAAUGUGGAAGUGCUACAUGUAAAUAAACCAGACAAAUAUCAACUGCACCUUCAUGAAAGUUGUGUAUUGUCACUCAAGUUUGCUUACUGUGGUAAAUGGUUUGUAAGUACUGGGAAAGAUAACCUUCUUAAUGCGUGGAGAACUCCUUAUGGAGCCAGCAUCUUCCAGUCCAAAGAAUCUUCAUCAGUGCUUAGCUGUGACAUCUCUGUGGAUGAUAAAUACAUAGUCACUGGCUCUGGAGACAAAAAGGCUACAGUCUAUGAAGUUAUCUACUGAAAAAUUUGAUGGGGAUAUAACUUAAAAGUUGAACUGGGCCAAAAUUGUUCUUAAUUUUAGACAUAUAAAGGUUUUGCCUUUUAAAAAGGAAUGAAAGUAUUGGGGAUCCACAUCUUGACAUGAAACUACUCCGAUUAUUCAAAAUAGAAGGCAACAUCCAGCAACUAAAUCUUGGCUACGUGGACCAAACAGAACACAGACAAGAUGGACAGAUGUAGCCUAGGUUUUUGACAUAGUUUUUAAAAACUAAGUCUGCUGAAGAAUGUUGAAGCCUUUUAUUUUUCAUUUUCUUUGUGACCUCAUGCAAAUUGUUCUCAUUGCCUGAAUAUGUGGGAUAUCUUUCUGUUCCUUGAAGUUCAGCUUGCGUUCUGUCCUGUGUAGAGCAGUGGUGUCUCAGAUGAACUUGUUUCCUGGUUUUGCAUCUUGUGAUAUGUUUUUGUAUUUUUGUUGAAGGUCAAACAUUUGUAUAAAUUGUAAAUAUAUUUAGUUUAUUACAGUAAAGGCUUUAGUACCAACAA